GGGAAUUUCACCGUCCAUGUUUGACCCAUGGCCGCCAAGGGCAGUGGGCAAAUGUUCAAGCAGAACACAGGAGACGGACUUCAUGGCGCCUUGGCCAUGAUCGAAAAAGUCAUGCACCUCGAAAACUACGGACGUUAUGCACCACUACUUGGAUGCACUUGCUUCGUGACAAGUCUCUGUGUGGCAAUUUCAAGCGGAACACACUGGAUGGCGUGUCUUGUGAUAUUGCUCUUCGUGAUCAACGCUUUCAUGUUGAUCCUGUCCAUGAGGCAAGUGGCUGCGCGGCCGUGCCCGGAUCCAGAAGCUCCCGAGGCUGUAGAAGAUUCGACGGAGAGGCUGGAAGGAUGCAUGCGCGUAUUGCGGAAACAACUGUCAGAUGAUCUAAAGCAAGGAGUAACCAAUGAUCAGGUCUUUGCUCUCCUUUGUGCGUGCUAUUGCCUACGCCAAGCACGAUCUACUUGGGGCACGAAUCCGGAUGGAACUUGGGGCGUCUUCCUGGAACGUUUGCAACACAUUCUGGUGGCCAAGAAGAAGACUUCCCUUCGCAUAGUGUCGUUCACCGAGUGGUGCGAAGUGAGCCGAUGGUGUGGGGCUCAAUCCUCCAAUACUUUGCUCACGAUCCUCCAAUCAGCCAUCGCAGUGCACAAGUCCCCAGUGCCACUGCAGGUGAUGCAGCUUUCCAAGGUGCUGCAGUGAGCUGUCCCACUCUGUUGGGGGCCAGCACGGCCCUAAAUCUUGGUGACAUCAAGUCCCACGGCACGUGCCACGGCACGUGGUGAUGUCGGCCUCAAAAUCGGAAUGGUGGAAAGGUGAAAAGAAACUGGUUGGGGAUGCGAUUUUAUGG